CCCCUCUACUCGCCCCCAUCCACCCACCCCACAUCCCGCCAUGGCCGACCCCGCCCCCCAAGACGCCAACCUCUCCCCCAAGGCGGCCGCCCAGGACUUCAACCAGAGCGAGCACCAGACCUCCGAGCACCAGCUCUCCCUCCGCUCCCUCGUCUCGACCAAGGAGGCUGGUAUCAUCAUUGGCAAGGCUGGUGCCACCAUCGCUCAGAUCCGAAACGACACCGACACCAAGGCCGGCGUCUCCAAGGUCGUCCAGGGUGUGCAAGACCGAGUCUUGAGCGUGACCGGUGACCUCGAAGCUGUCUCCAGCGCCUACGCCGAGGUCGCCCGUCUCUUGCUCGAGACUCCCCUCUCCGACUCUUCUCUCCCUCCUCCUCCUGUCGGCUCCUUCACCUCCAUCCGCCUCCUCAUUUCCCACAACCUCAUGGGCACCGUGAUCGGCCGCUCUGGCUUGAAGAUCAAGCAGAUCCAAGACCAGUCUGGCGCCAGGAUGGUUGCCUCCAAGGAGAUGCUUCCCCAGUCUACUGAGCGUGUUGUCGAAGUUCAGGGUUCUGUCGAUGCCAUCAAAACUGCUGUCCUCGAGAUCGGCAAGUGCUUGCUCGAGGACUGGGAGCGAGGAGCGGGUACCGUGCUCUACCAUCCCGGAGCUGCGGGCGAUGCUGGUGUCCUUGCUGGAGGACUCGGUGCCCAGGCUGUGACUGGAAGCACUGGUGGUAUCAGGAGGACUUCUGUUGCUGCUGGUUUCGGCGGCGUCCCCGGUGGCGGUGCCCCUGCUGGGUUUACCGACAGGAGAGUGUCUCGAGGUUCGAUCUCUGGGCCUUCUGGUGCUCCCGCUGAGCGAAGGCAAAGCGAAGCGCCCCAGAUCAACCUCAACGACCCCAACCUCCGUACCCAAAACAUCUCUAUCCCCUCCGACAUGGUUGGUUGCAUCAUCGGUCGAGGCGGCUCCAAGAUCACCGAGAUCCGACGACUUUCUGGCUCUCGUAUCUCUAUUGCCAAGGUCCCUCACGACGAGACUGGUGAACGUAUGUUUACCAUCCAAGGUACCCCCGAGGCGACCGAGCGUGCUUUGAUGCUGCUCUACUCUCAGCUCGAGUCUGAGAAGGAGAGGCGUGUCAACGGCGCUGCCGCCCAGGAUGGUUCCCCCUCCGGCGACUUUGCUUAAUUGCAUUGUCCCACUCCAAAUCUUGCCCCUUCCGCCCGUCUUUCACCCUUCCGUCCGUCUCUCUCCCAAACCAAUAAAUAAAACCACAUUCCAACCCCCUGUGCUUUCCGCCUCUUUACCUUUUUCAUUGCCCUUACCCUUCUCUUCUACCCUCCUCUCAUUGUAACAAUCUUUCGCCCACGGCGCUUCUUUUUCAUUUCAUUCUGCCAGGCUUCUCGGUUACGCGAGAUGCUUGCUGUGGAUGGGGGCUUAUACAAGUUGUUGAAUCAUCCGGAUAGAUGGGGGAGGAGGUGAAGGAAACAAUGAAGGAAUGUGUACAUAUAAAGAAGGUUUCCAUCUAUGCUCUUUCGUUUUGGGCUGUUAUUUUUUAUCUCUCCAUGGAAGGGGAUGUAUAUCUACUAGCUGUAUACCCUGCGACGAACGUGCAUGAACAAGUGUGGCAGCGAA